AUGCCUUCAUUCUUGCCAGAUAACCUCUUGGCGCUCUUCGUGGCCCGGCCACCUUUUCCGUAUUUGCCACCGCCCGAUGACCUUCUAGUAGAUCGAAAUGAGAAGCGACCGAAAAUGCAAGGAAUGGCGCAGUACGUCCAUCUUUUUGAGGACCCCGCCGACACCCCACCGAAGCCGAUCGUCGAAACCCAAGCCGAGAAGCGGGCCCGGAUUCGCAAGCAAAAGCAAGAGUUGAUGUCCUUCAAGCUCGAGCAGGGCAUUGCGCUGUGGACGCCGGCGGAGAACGACCGCGCCACUAAUGACCCCUACAAAACGCUCUUCGUCUCGCGAAUAAACUAUGAAACGUCCGAAUCAAAGCUGAAGCGCGAGUUCGAACAAUUUGGCCGCAUCGAGCGCCUCAACAUGGUCUACGACAAGAACGGCAAACCGCGGGGCUACGCCUUUAUCGAGUACCGAAACAAAGAGGACAUGCACGUGGGCGGCCAUCCGUUUUCCACUCUCUUUGGCCACAUUUGUGCA